AUGUCGUUCUUGAUGACAGACUGCGCUCAGUUACAGAUCAGGGCACGCCACUUCCUUCUUUCACGAUCUUUCCCGCAACAAGCUCUUGUCCUGACCGCUCCAUGCGAUAGCGAUACACGCACAUGGAUCGCGACCAUCGAUGAGAACAUUGGAGCCUGGAGAAAAGUGGUUGAUGGUGAUCCUACAAAGCCAGGUGAUUUCGGCCUUCGGGCCAUGGUGAACAUGGGGGACGCGUCAAAAAGAGAUCGGCUCGAGCGUGCUCUAAGCAUGAUCACCGAGUCUGAAACGAGGAAAGGACGGAUCGGAUCUUUCAACCGUGAUGCAGGCUUUGUCACUGCAUCUUCGGGAACCCGCAAGGUCAGCGUGAACGGAAGAAGCUGGCCCCUUGACUGGGCUCUCAUCAGUCUCUAUACUCAGCGGCCUAUGACCAAUACCAUAGUUGAUGUGCCACACAAUUCCCUCAUGACUUGGUAUGAAGGAAUAGAAAUCAACGAGUGGUCGGCAUCAAAUUCUCUCAUGGGUCUACAGGUGUCGAAGAAGGGGCGCACCACUGGUUGGACAGAUGGUACUGUCAAUGCCAUCAAGACUGAUCUUCGACUCACAACGGAGGAGCAGCAUCCAAAGGUCAAUGUUUACGGAAAGCCUAUUUCGGCCUGGGCCAUACCGACGUCGUCAAAGGCGACCACAGCAUUUGCGUCCAGAGGUGAUUCUGGGUCUUUCAUUGUUGAAAUUUCUGGGAAAAUAAUUGGCCUACUGUUCGGAGCGAGUUACGAUGGUACUGCAUACUUUAUUCCAUUCAAUGUUGUCGUCGCCGACAUCGAGAAGGUGACCAGAGCGAAAAUCAUCAAUCCUUCGAAGGACUAA